UUUAAACCUUUCUCUGUUUCAGAACGACACCAGCUGGGGGAUGAGGUACGACCCUUCGAUGAACUGAUCUGAAGGAGAUUAUUUUCCGAGACACGGGGGUGACAACAAAAUAAGCGCUAUGAAGGGAACAAACAAGCUCGCCAUCUUGAUCGUCACCGGCAUGUUGGCGGCCACGACCGUCUUCUUCAACCUCUACAUCCUCCUGAUGAGCCUGCAGAGCAAGACGAAGAAGAAGUGGGCGCCGUGCGAGACCAUCAUCGUGGCCCUGUGCGUGGGCAACGGCGCCCACCAGCUCGUCUGCCUCGUGUGGAUGACCAUGGACCAGAUCGACCAGCACUGCCUGAUCACCCACGCCUACUACACCACCGUCCUGCUGCUGCUCUUCAGCCUCAAGUUCACCAUCAUGUGGACCACCGCCUUCCUCACCUUCUACUACAGCACCAAGCUGGUGACCACGCCCAACGAGUGCUACACCCACCUCCAGACGGCCAUCGUGAAGCACGCCGCCAUGGUCGUGUUCCUCAUCCCCCUCGCGGGCCUGGUCACCUGCAUGCCCAUGAUGGCGGUGUUCCACGAGUACCACACCAACGAGACCGACGCCCUCAACGAGGACUGCGGGAUGAUCACCCCGGACACCGCCUCGGGCAAGGCGUACGAAGCCCUGUACCUCGUGGCGGCCGACGUGCUCCCGGGGCUGCUCAUGAUCAAGUGCUGCGUCUCCAUCUCGGUGCACCUGGCCAUCCACCUCCAGCACAUGAAGUCCAGCACCAACGGCGCCCACGCCCCCAAGCUGGGCACCCAGAUGCGGGUGAUCCGCAUGACCCUGUCGCUGGUGCUGGUGUUCCUGUGCUUCCUGGUGGUGGACCUGUACGUCAACUACCAGAUCGCGGUGAAGCACGACAACGCCAUCGGGAUGACCUUCUUCAUCACGUCGUUCUACACCGCCCUGAGUGCCAUGGUGCUGAUCUACGGUAAAAAGACCUUCUGGAAGAAGCUGUCGGCGUCCUGCCUCAGCGAGCUGCCGUGUCUGCCCAGGCGAGAGGAGAAGCAAGCUCCCGCCGACCACAAAUGACCAGAGCUUUUUAUCAGGAUUUAAAAACCAAUGUUUAGAGUGUCGUUUUAUUUCAUGCGCCAUAUGGUUGCGUAUUGUUACAUCUCUUCCUAUAGCUCUGUAUAAGAUUGUGAUGUGAUGAUAAGAUGUGCCGUUUUUACUCAAAUCCAUGUUCCUCAGAGCGUAAGGUAAAAAAAGAGGACAAAUCUGUGAUGGGCUAUUCAAUGUAAAAUCACAUCAUGCCUUUUCUGGGCUCAUCACAAUUGGGAUUGUACUUUACCUCUUUAACAUACAUAUUUAAUAACACUGGGAUGUGAUCCAAAUUGCGGUCAUGCUUUGGAAACACGGAUAUGCUGUGACAAACUCUGGUAGUUACCAUCUCAGACGUUUGAAAAAUACAUGUCACAAAGGGCACAGCCUGUAUUAAUAAAACAGGGGCCACAACCCAAAUUCCAUUUUAUU